AACGUUCAAAAAUCUCCACAAAAGUUUAAUUUUUUAACAUAUUUUGAGAAUGAUCAAAAGAACAUACAACUUAAAACAGAAAAUGAUUCUGAUCAAAUUCAUCAAAUAGUUAACAAUGAACUAAAUGAAUUACUCUGCGAAUUACUUAAGGUUUUUUUCGAUUCGACAAAUCGCGGAAAUGUAUUUUCACAAAUUUCCAAAGUUAUAAUAAAAAUUAUUGAAGACAAUAACCAGACUACAAAAAAUAUAUUUGCUUAUCUUAAAAAAUAUCAGGAUCUCAAUCCAGACUUACGAUGCCUUCUCAAUAAUGGACAUAAAGAUGCUCUAAACCAAUUGAAUAAUUUUUCUCAAGGACAAAAAAUCAUCAAUUUUUUAAGGUAA